AUGAUUGGUUUCCUGCCAUUGAAGAAACUGACGCCAAAGCUAUUGCUGAGUGACCAUCCAGUAAGCUUCCAAGAUGUGAAGUCUAUGAGCAUUGGUGCAUUCAAUUCCAAGCGGGCUCCAUGGAACUCAUGGUACAAUGUGCCAGUCUUUCUGCGAGCAUGGAAGCAGGUGGUGGAUGAAGACCAGCGAUUCCAACAAUAUGACUGGACGGUGAAGGUCGACGCG